UGGAGGUGUCACUUCACUAGAUCGUGCUAUUCGGAUACUGUGGCAGGCUUGAGCUACCGAAAACUCCAUCGAGAAAAGUGGCUUUCUGUAUGCACUCAAAAUGCAACCUAUGUGGUAAUCUAGAACUCACGCCCAAUGGCUAGUGGGCAAGUCGCAAGCAUCUGGAUGUUUGUCUGGAUGAUUGUCAUCUGGUUGUGGGGCCACCGCCUCUGGUGCCACGCAAUAUGUGAUUGGAACAACGUAAAACAUGUUGCCUUCAGUAUGACCCCUAAGAUUGAGUGCUCGUAUCUCACACUGACGAAAAGAUCUUUGGUAUUCAAAUGGGUACAAACGUCUCACGGUCCGGAAUACUAUUGGUUGAAGGGUAAUCCAUAUUUACCGGUAAACUCGUCACAACUGGGCCCACAACGGAUUCAGUUUAAUGUAAAGCAAGAAGAGGUGGCCGGAUUCAAAUUGUGCUUAGAAGCUGUCCUUCCAACUAGUCAAGGAAGGGCAUCGCUGCCUGUGGAGAUUAGAGUGAACAGCUUUGACGAUCUAUUCCAGCCGGAUAGGGCCAAUUUAGCAAGAUAUGAUAUCUCACUAAACGCACAGCUGAACAGGGAUGGAAAAUCUAUUCAAAACUACAUUCUUUCCUGGACGCCUCAAAGAAGAGUUAUCCAAAACGGCACGUACCUGGUUCUUGUUUAUUCCAGGACGAGCAUAAUACAACUCGAAGCUCAACAUCCUCGCUUGUCAUUGCGCAACUUGGAUUCUGGAAAGCUAUACAAAUUUUGUGUGAUCGCAUCAAAGGAUGUGUGCCAGGGAACCGAAUGGAGCUGCACUGUGAGGUUGUUGCCUGUUCCAGAACGGGCUUCAAGCGAAUCUUCCCAGCUUCUCUCAGGGCAGAAGCUUACACUGAUUGGAACUGGAUCGACCAAUAUUCAGGUGUCUUGGGCUGUUCCCACUUACACAGUGCAUCGUAAACCAACCUCCAAAAACCGAUUUUAUGCUCUCUCAGUCUACCCCAUCGGCGCAACUCAGUGUGAGAUCGGUAUAUUCUACAUUCUUGCACCCUGGAUUCGGGCGCAUGAGAUGACCAUCCGAAACGGCUUAAUUGAUGAUAUCAAAGCACGUCAUGUCCGAAGAAACGUAUGCACGUUCAAGAAGGAAGAACGCCUAGAACCGCUGGGCAACUGGCCCGACUGGGAGCAGUUCGAUGAGCUGCUAGAUGAAAGAAACGUUCCAAAUGAGUUUACAGUCACCAUUCCCCAUCUCCAUCCGAAUCAGCGAUACGAGGUUGAACUAUGGCCAGCAAACCAUUUUAUUAGUGUCAAAACAUCUGAACCCGAAGAGGACUGCAAUCUGAGGUUACAGAGGAAAGACACCCGAACAAAUCUUCUCAGUUGGACUGUGCCUGAACGCGUGAAUAACCUGUCCGCUAUAAAUAAGUUGGACCUCCAGGUCGAACUAAGAAGAGUCAAUCACCUACAAACAAGGUCAUUACGAGAUACAUGCUACGUGCGGCAUUGCGACCUAAAAGGCGGAUCGGAUCCUGAAUUUUCCGGAGAUCCAACAAAUUUGUUAUGCGAGAGACAUCGCAUCGCAGUACGCGCUGAAACAAGAGAUCAACAAUUCUCAUUCUCCUGUCUUCUGCCUUGCGCAGUUUACGAAGUGUCACUCAUGGUGGUUUCAAACGAUUCGUUAAAUCCUCAGCUAUUUUCGUGCCGGAGGCGCUUGCUAACUGCGGCUGAAGGAACAAGGCCACAACUCAGUGUGACUACACUUUCGAACAACAUGUUGCUGUUUGUUCUAAAGGAAGACAGGAAUUCAAAUUACAGAACAUGCGCCUCGAUCGGGCACACCGCAACACUGCUUAAUGACAAGCAUGAGGUCAUGGCGCAGCCGAUGAUUUUCACACUAGAGAAUCUGGCUCAGCAUUGGGCGCUUCCGCUUCUAGAAACUCCGAAAGAAGCUAACGGACUCCUCUCCUACCGCCUCAUGUUGCCGAUCCCUCCAACCAGGUCAUCCAGAAUAAGUCUAGAGUUGGAUACUUUUGUGGCUAGUGACAGACGCGUAGAUCCUCUGGUAAUUUCAAGUCCUAUGGACAAGUCAGCUUGCCAACUAGACUGUGUAUGGUCUCUCCCAUUGUCCAAUAUUACGUUGGCCCCUACCAGUUACCAGACGUCCGGUCAGCAUAUGGCCUAUGUUGUCGAAUUUGGACAUCAUGAAUCUUGCAAUAAGAGUUCGACAACUCAUGGUUACAUUACUACGCACUGCCAAACCGCUCAAGGCUUCGUGUAUUCAGAUCAAACACAUUGUCCUCUCUCUGGUAGCUGGGGCACGUGUUCUGUUCCACAGUGCCACGAAAUGGCUCCAAUUCCUUGUGUGGAUGUUACAUACCCCAUAUACUAUACAACGAGACUGCAAGUAUCCUGGGGAGCGCCCUCUAUGCAAAAUGAGUUCUAUCAAGAAUGGGAUACAACAGUAGAAUCCACUGUAUAUGGUUAUGUGGCGACCAUUAGUAAACCUUCAUUACCAAGCCAACGUGGAUCCAAAUGCAUCCAUGCUCAACUGAUGUACUACGCUGACAACAGCAACCUAUCAUCGUCCAGAUUCGUCGAUUCCUUGAUAUUCUCUUGCCAAAGGAUGAGCACUUUAUCGUUUAAAAGCACGCCAUCGGCUCACUUCACAGACCUGGCACAAAAUACUUCCUAUGAAAUACGAAUAACACCGUUCAAUGCAUAUGGGAGUUUAGGAGCUACCCGAGAGAAAAUUCUAACCACCUUGGCAGCCAAACCUUGCCAACCACACCGGGUGAGCAUCAAGGCCGUCGAAAGUCAAUCACUAGUAAUAUAUUCGUCUGAACGUACUGGAAAUGAGUGCGGAGAGGGCACAACUGCACUUUUAACAUACUACAAACCUGGUUCUAGGUCGCAAACUUUGGAAUUCCCCCUUCAGUCACACACAGAUUUUCGGCUUCCGGAUCUGGAUUCAUGCACUGAGUAUUGUGCUCUUGUUGCGUAUGUCAACUCCGUUGGUCGGGGACCCGACUCAGCUGAAGUUUGCAGCACCACAAACAGACAGAACUUCAACGGGUCUCCGUCCAUCUCUUUCAAAUGCGGGGGACCGCUGAGCGGUGAUGUUCACACGGAUCCCAAUGCGAAGGGACUGAAGUUGGUCGCUUGCAAGUUCAGUGCUCAAAUGGAUUACACUAAACUGUGUCCAGUUCAUUAUGAAAUGGAAAUGAGCAUUUUCAAUGCUAAAACGGCACAAACAAUGAAGUUUGACCGAAGCGAGUUCAUAGUUGAUCAUUAUUUCCAAUGUGGGCUAUACUACCAAGUUCGAGUUCGAGCUGUGGCUCCAGACUACGAUGCACUUUUGAGAAAUGACGGAAGUUAUAUUUCACCAUACUCUCAGCCAGUUGGCCUGUACACUGGAAUGUCGGACUUCAGAUUUGAAGAUCUUACAAUUCACGUUGAGCCAGCAACGAACAAAGGCGACUUCUCUUAUUGCACUUCUCCCCACCUAAUGAGGAGCGGAGACACCUCAACGCGAGCGGUAGAAUCUGGUCCAGAUGACAUCUGCUUUCGGUUGAUUUGGGAGAUAGCCGGAGAAACACAAGGACUGAUGGGUUUCGUUAUUCAAGUGUUUGGAAAUCAGCUGGUCGAGGGCAAUUCCAGCAAGGCACUUGGCACAGGAUCAUCGGACUAUUACGAAGAAAAUAACGUAGGCCCAUGCCUGCGUAUGAUUUGGAUUCCCUGCCCUUUAUGUCUUCCUGGGUUUAAUUUUACGAACGCACGGGACAAGGUGAUUGAACGGUUACGACGGAUGAUUGACCAUUGCACACAGACUAACGAUAUCGGUUUGCCAAGAACAAUUCAGUCGCGGUCGGACGGAAUUGAGGAACGCAUCAGAAUUACAAAUGACCUCAGGAGAAUGACAAGCACUACCAUGGCUUUCCUUUUACCGCAGUCGAAAUCGGUGGAUUUACUCGUAAAUGUGUCAAAGCUAGUCAGAGCAUCAACAGGCAUGAAUGUUGCUGAUGUGGAUAGAAAGAUACGGCAAGUCAGGUCAACGUUGUUGGAGCAACCUUCGUACUAUUCAGGACAAGACAACAGUGGUUUCAUUCGUUUUUAUUCCGUGAACACAUUCGAUGUCGUCCUAACUACCGAAAAGCCGUGGCACGUGUAUGUGGCAUCCAGCGGAAACAACACAGCCAGUUUGAUCGGUUUGUCUUUUGGAAUCAUUUUUGGCCUUGUCCUCCUGAUGCUCAUAUGUCUAAUAAUCAUCUUCAACAACAAGCGCAAGAACCGACUUCGAUAUCUGGCAGCCAAUCAGUCAGAUUUCGGAAUCAUCGAAAUGAGUGACGAGGAUGAGGCCUUACGGCUCGAUGUGAAAACUCCUAUUCUUCCGCCCCGGCUUACCCAGUUUUCGUUUCGACAGCCAGACCCACUGAUGGUGCACGAAUUUUCCGGUUGGUUUGAUAAGCAAAUGUAUAAUAACUUUGCUUCACUCCGAGAUGAAUUCAAGGCGCUGAAAAUGCACGCUGCCUGGCAAGAACAAAGCAAAAGGCUGACACGUGAGAUCGGCCAACUUCCGGAAAAUCGACUACGAAACAAAUAUCGAAAUUUGCUUCCAUUUGACCACAAUUACGUUCACCUUCAAAAACGAUGGAGACUGGUUGAUAUCAACCCAGAGGCGAUUUCGAAGCCUGAUACGAAAAAAUCACUUCCUGAAAAUGGAACUAAUUCGAACGAAACCAACUCCAAGUCAGUAUCAUUGAAGGAGGCCGAUUCAACAACCAGAGUCCAGGAAGAACUUGGGGAGGCACAGUGGAUACCUUCGGACUACGUCAAUGCCAGCCUCAUUCGUGGACAUGCUCCAGGAGUCUCAAAUUGUUUGGUUGGAGAAAACCAUCUUCCGCGUGUCUAUAUUGCCGCUCAGGCACCCACCUCACAUACAAGGACGUUGUUUUGGCAAAUGAUAUGGGAUCGUGAGGUUAAAUUGAUUAUUCUACUCACAAAGCUUACUGAAGAAUCCAAAGAAAAGUGCGCGCAGUACUGGCCUGGUCCCUCAGGAAACACCACCGUUUCGGAUGAUCCGAUUGAAAAAUCCAAAGUGCUCAGUCUAGGUCACUUUACGGUCACACUUUUGGAAGAAAUCAAUACACAAAUCUACGUAACCCGAAAGUUCAGGCUGACGAACUCUACUGUACCAAGUGGGAAGCCAAAUCGGCGCAUUAUCACACAGCUUCACAUGCUAAAGUGGGUCGAUUAUUCGGCACCAAACGUGGACGAUUUCGGAUCACUUCUGUAUGCAUACUGGACAGAACGGAGAUGUUGCGCCGGAACAGAAGCACCGGUUUUAAUCCAUUGCAGUGCUGGCAUAGGGCGAACAGGAACGUUCAUAUGCUUGGAUCAGCUAUGCCAACAAGUUCGACUUUACCUACAACCCGACUUUCAACCCUUGGGAGUCCCGGCUACCCGUCUCAAACCAAAUGACUGGGAAGAACCGGUCUACGAGAACCUCAAUGAUAGCAAGACCAUUUGUUCGACUGAAAGGGAGGCUGAAAAUAAAACAAUGGAUGGAAGCGCCUUUCCCUCAUCUAAGACUGAAAAUUCUGAUGACGCAAGCAGUGCAUGUCGUAUGCUCACCAAGACUAGUGAAACAAAAAGUGUAUCCCGGAAAAAGAUAUUUGGCUUGGGAAGACGGAAGACACAAUGUAUCGAUGUGUACAAAACUGUUUUAUGGCUUCGGUCUCAUCGAUGUCAUAUGGUGCAAUCAGAGAGCCCAUUUAUGCGAACAUUUGAAAGAAACCCCAAUCCAGUUUUCACGACGUGGAUGACAAAAUUUCUUCGUCGUCUCGCAAAAAGAUCACUCUGUGUUCCAACGCCAGACGUCAUCCGAAAACUCACAUAUGUAUAAUGACAACGUCUAGUCUGAUUUCGGUGUGUUGCUGCACAUUUUGUGAAACAAAAUUUUCGCUGAACCUCACCUUUGAUACCAAACUAUGGUGCAAAUGAAGCACUAAAUGAAUCGCAAAAUUUCGUAAACAACUACAUUCCUGCCAACUUCCCCACAAGCGGUUUUGUGUCCCCAACUCGGUGUGCUACGUUGGAAAACUGAUGUGUCUCCACAAUAUGAAUCUUGGAAGAACAUUACCUGUUUCCUUUGCUUCACUAAUUGCUUACAUUUACAAGGCAACCGUGGACAUUUUAAUAUUGCAUACACUCACCUUCAACACACUACAGGUCCAGUUUAUACAAAAUGGUGAGCCAUUUUAGUGCACGCUAAGCAAUCCGGCCAAAAUCCCUCGAGCAAUCAAUACUCAAACCAGAAAUGACUCCAGGCCAUUUCAUAAUCCGUGUCAUGUAUUUUUUCAUAUUUUUGUGAUUAUUGCCGUUGUCACAGAAUUUUUAAAAUUUACGCCUUCUGCACCCCUCUGCUUUAAUUGACAUAAUCGUGCACGGAAAUGGUCAGUAUGGUGUCACGGGUUUUCAGUAAUCCCACCACAAAGGGAACGCUUCAAAUCGCCCAGUCCAACACACAUUUGACACACCAAUACUAAGAUUUUCAGUGGGCGUUUCAGGCUUUACCGACGACCACUUUCUUUCUUUAUUUAGGUACCAAAAUACUCAAGGAUUUACCCAGCGACCCGAAAUUUCUGGAAGGCUUAUGGGUGCAAGCAAAAGUCCGACUUCAUG